AACAAAGGUCAACAAAUAACCUCAUCUCUCCCUUGAAAUUUCUUUUCCUUUCUGCACGUCUGUCACAUUAGAACGGUUGAUUUUAACUUCUUCAACUUCCCCCACCUGGCCCCACCACCAAGAUUCCACAUCAUGGGUCCCACCUAGUUUCCUAUUUUCCUUAUUUAUACACAAUCCCUGUAUAAAUGAGAUGAAUAUAUCCCUCAAAUCACUACUUCAAGAAAAAUGGAAGGUCCAAAUAAUUCAAACUUUGAGAUGGAAGCAGCAGCUGAAGAAAGUGGAUGGACAACUUAUUUGGAGGAUUUUUCAAUGAAGCAAAGGGAAAAUAAUAGCUCAUGUAAUUCUGAUAGUUUUGGCAGCCCUUCUUUGUUAUCUGAUGCUGCUUCUCAUGCUGCAUGGAACAUUGAUUGUAACACAAAUAAUAAUCAAUAUUCUCCUCCCAUGGGUGGCUCACCUUUUCUUAAGAGGUUGAAUUUGAAGAAAAAAAGAAACAAGAAAAUUUCUGAUCCUGAUUUGGAAGACACUGCUAGCUCACCUGUCAAUAGUCCAAAGGUAAGUAGUUUUAAGAAGAUGGACACCAAUUACAGAAGUGAAAAUAGUAGUGGAUAUUUCCUGGGAAAUGAAGGUGGCUCUGGACAAAUCCAAGAAAUGCAAACAGUUGAGAAAAACAGCAUAUCUUUUGAUGGAAAAAACAAUGGCUAUAUAGAACUAAAGAAGAAGGGACUUUGCUUGGUACCUUGGUCCAUGAUAGUCAACCACCAUGGCUGAUGUAAAAAUUCUUCUUUUUUUGUUUUUUUCUUUUCAUUUGUCUUUUUUUAUGGGUAGGAGGAGAAGGAAGAAGGGGUGUGAAAACAUGGUAUGUGAAUUGUUAAAUGUAAAAAUUGUUCCUACCAUUAUUAUUGUCACAAAAGGAAAAAAGAGAAAAGAGGAAGCAAAAUUUGUAAAUAGAGCUUCUCUUUCUCUUAGACACGUAUUAUGGGAAACGGUAAAGUAUUAACGUUUA